AUCUCGUCGAACCACCAAGCUGAUUUGGACCUCAAAGAAAAAGGAUUGAGACGUACUCCAUCUCGGGUUCCACGUAGGCCGCGCGAAGACGCCUAGAACGCGCGCGCGCGCCAUGCAAGAAGCUACUCCUCGUCCUCCUCCCGCCUCCCUCAUACCUUCCCCCGGCUACACCCAUCGAACCAUGCACCGGUAUAAACCGCCAGGCCUGCUCGCUUUACCUAGCGGCCGCCUUCUUCGCCGUGGACUAGCUACUUGCGGUGCGGUGCCCGCGAUCGAGAGAGCGCGCGGCCACGAUGUCGUCGUUGCGGUUCCUGCGAAAGAACGGCGGCGGCGGCGGCGACGAUGGGUACUGUGGCGGCGCCGCCCUGGAGGUGACCGUCCUGUCCGCGGACUCGCUGCGCCUGCCGCCGUCGUACUCGCCGCUGCCGCGCCGGCUGCGGCCGUACGUCACCGUGUCGUCGGAUGCGUCCGCCUCGGCCUACACCACAGCCGUGGCGGCGGGGGCGUCGUCCUCCGGCGAGUACUCGUGGGGAAACACGUUCGUGGUCCCCGUGGGCGUGGAGUUCCUCGAGGGCCGGGCCGACGUCCACGUGGCCGUUCUCUCAGAGGCCAGCUGCCGGCUAGUCGGCGCCACGCCGCUGGGCUGGUGCGGCAUCCCCGCGGCCGACGUGCUCGACGGCCUCCGCGCGCCGCGCGCGCUCCGCCGGCUCAGCUACUCGCUGCGGUGCCCACGGCGAGGCAGCGCCCCAACGUGGGGCCACGCCGUCGUGCACCUCGCGGUGCGGGUGCUCGGCCUCGGCGAUAACGCGCGGCUCAGGAUAGCAGCGGCGGCAGCGCCGGCCGCGCCCAGUACUACUGCAGCGCCGGUGCAGCAGGGGUGGUGCCGCGUGGCGAUGGGCAUCCCGGUGUCCGGGGCAUCGGCCGCGGCCGCCGCCGUCGGGAUGCCGUGGCCGCGGGGCGCGACGUCGCGGUGAGGCACAAGAGGAGACGACGACUAGCCAUGGAAAAACGGUGGAAUCUGGUGCGAGCAGGUCGCGAUUCACGACGAGAAAUCGCGGCUGGAAAAGGUAGUUGGUGCGUUAGUCAAACCGAAACCGGUGUAGCUUCCAUGCAGCUACCUCGAUAUGUUGCCAUUAGUGAGGCUAGCGUGCGGGACCGGACCGGUGUACAUGCAGCUUAGGAAAGUUCGUGUUGAACAGUGGCACUGUAAUUGUAACUGUCUGCUACUUGAUUGUGAAAUUAACUGACGUAAUCCACUGACUGAAUAGUGGCACUAGCAAACUUCUAGUUGUAGGAUAGAUAAUAAUAAGAGAGAACGUAGGUAGUCUCUGUUCUUUUUUCAGAGUAACUCAGUAGACUAGCUAAAUUUGAUU